CUUGCGCAGACGGUAAGGUAUAAAAAAGCGCGCCCGUCUGUUGUGGAGUCAUCACUCUUACUUCGUUGCAUCUACCGAGCCGGUCUUGUCUCUAUUCAACCUUCGACCAUGAUGCUGUCCCUCGGCCUCGUUCUCCUGGGCGUAAGCGCCUGCUUCGCCGGUGACGCCCUCCUGGGCGCCGGUGGCUAUGGUGCAGGCGCCGGCCUGGGCACCGGCCUGGGAGUUGGCGGAUACGGGGGCGGCUUCGGUGCCGGUUACAACCAGCAGGCUGGCGCCUCACAGGGUGGCUUCAGCGCCGGCGCAUCAGGGCACAACCAGGGCAGCGGAGCCUUCGACCGGGGCAACGCCUACAAGAACGUCCAGGGCUACAGCAACCAGGGCGGCCACCGCAGCAACCAGGGUUUCUCGCAGUCCUCGAGCAACCGCUACGGCACUGGUUUCGGUCAGGGCAGCGCCGGCUUCAACAGGGGUGCGUCUGGCGCGCAGGGAUCCUUCGGAACCCAGGCACAUGGCAGCCAAUACGGCGGCGUUGGUGGCUACUAAGCUGCCCUGGCAUCACGCUUCACAAUCACCCACCUCGCCCCGUCAAAUAAGCUAGUCUCGAGCGGAGAAGACAUCGCCCUACACGACGGCAGAAGCUCACGUGUAUAGAACGAACCCCUGAUCCGACAGGAUCGCCGACUGCGGUAGAUGUCAACUGUACACGCAGGAUGAAAAAUAAA